GUUAUGUUUGUCGAAUGUGUUUUAAAACCAACUGGAAGACACAUCGAUUACAGAACUCUUGGAAUGGUUGAACAGCUUGAUGAAUUUCUUAUGUAUCCAUGGGGACGUAAGGCGUAUUUUGUUCUAUUACAUUCAUUACAAGAAUCACAGCUUGAAAGAAUACGAAGAAUGCAACAAAAUAACCAAGCAGAAUGUAAAUAUUCAUUGCAUGGUUAUCCACUUGUAUUCCAGUAUUGGAUAUACGAAGCUUUUCCUAAAAUUGGACGACAAUUUGGUCACCGUAUCCAUACAAGUUUAAAAUGUCCACGAAUGCAUAAAUGGCAGCCUCAAAUGGUAUUAGCGAAAAAUGUUAUUAAAGAAAUUUUAGCUACUGAAGAGAUUACAGUAAUUGCAAUGUUAAAUCCUACUGAAGCAGAAUUGGAAACAUUCUGGUAUACAACUCUUUCACUACCAACUGACAACCAACAUUGUACACUAGACAACAUUGUCAAUGGUGAAUUGGAAAAUACAACAGAACAAAUUCGAGCAUAUAACAUACAUCCACAAGAAACAACUGUACACAGUUCAAAUAGAAUUGAAUCUACUUCUUCCGGUACUUCAGACUAUGUAACUAAACAAGAUAUGGAACAGAUGUUCAAUGUACACAGACAAGAUGUCUUUGAUUUCUACGACAGCUUGAAGACACAGAUCGUUCAAGAAGCAACAAAGCAAGAAGCUCGGUAUUAUAUGAUUCUUGAAAAUCAACAAACUCUCUGUCAGACACUUAUUGACAAUCAAAAACAAUUUUUUGAAGUGCAGCAAAAAAAUCAAGAGGAACAUUUUCAGGGCAUACAAUCAGACAUGCAUUCUUAUGUAGAUACCAGUUUCGGUUUAAUGAAGUCUUACAUUGAUGAACAAAAUCAAAAUAUGCAAAAUCAGUUAACCAAUUGGAAAUCACAUAUGGAAUCAAUUGUAGCCUCUGUACAACAUGAUUUGCCCCCUCCAACAAAUCAAGCUGAAUUUGAAAUGCCUUCAACAUCUGAACAUGUAGAAGACGUCGAAAGAUCAACAAAAGAAAAAAAAGGUAAGCAAAAAGAGACACAAUCUCCAUCACCAACGGCAACGAAUACUUUAGAAGAUUAUAACAUCGACAAAUACAAAAACAUUAGAGAAUGGAUAUCAGAAAAUCCAUCAGAGUAAGAU